AAUCAGCUAGUCGUUUUGGACCGGCGGUACCCGGCCAAUUUUCUAUGACACCGGCGUUCUGUUGUUAUGCUGUAUCGAAUCAGACCAAUCGGGCUGCCGCAGUAAGGUCCAUGUAUGUGUCUUGGCAAUUUAUAGCAUCCUCCUAGCAAGUCAUUUGGCAGUGAUGGAAAGGAAACAAUUCUCCAAGUAAACAUAAAAACAUGGCUGAUUCAGUGGAAGAAACCCCAGUUAGCGAACUUGCUUUACCAAUUCCAGUCAUUGUUGUUAUUGCUGUUGGAAGCUACAUUUUAGUCAUAGUCAUAAUCCUUGUCAUCAGGCAGUUCUUGGUUGCAAGAGGUAUUUGCGUAGAAUGUGCACCUUGUGGUAGAGAAGAUGGAAGUCUACAAUGCUGUGACUGUUGGAUAGCAUUGGCAGAGUCAUGCAACUGUUGUGCUUAUCCUAAUAUCAAAACAUGUCUAGAUGCUGUGUGUGGACCGGCUAAACAGAAAUGUUCUGUUGAAAAAUGUCUAACUUGCCAUGCCUGUUUGCAAUGCUGUGACAACUCUGAGGGUUGCGAGUGUGCAGGUAUUGACUGUGCUUGUCAGGCACCUGAAUGUGAAAGCAUUGAUUGCUUAUGUUUUAAGAUACAGCUUCAGUCAUAGAGACCGUCAAAACAUCAACUGCUUAUGUUUCAAGAUACGGCUUCAGUCAUAGAGACUCGUCAAAACAUCAACUGCUUAUGUUUCAAGAUACACCUUCAGUCAUAGAGACUCGUCAAAACAUCAACUGCUUAUGAUUCAAGACAGCUCCAGUUAUAGAGACCCUAUUCAAAUGAUUUAAGAUACAUCUUUAGUCAGAGAGACUAGUCAAAACAUUGAUUGCUUUGAUUCAAGAUACAGCUUAAUGUUCAGUCAUAUUUCCCCUACGGCGGCCGUACAGCGAGUCGAAAACAGCUACAUGUAAUUUAUUCCUUCAUAUUCAAAUCAGCUAUAUGUACAUGUAGCUGAUAAAGAAAAUGUUAAAACGGCUGUUUUCGACUCUCCGUGUGGCCACCAUAGGGGAAUGUGACUGCACCAUUAGUCAAAGAGACUAGUCAAAACUUUGUUUAUAGGCAGCUUUAGUCAGGGAGACUACAGUAGUCAAAACAUUGAUUGCUUAUGUUUCAAGAUACAGCUUCAGUCAUGGAGAUUAGUCAAAGCAUCAAUUGUAAUGUGUUUCAAGAUACAGCUCCAUUAAUGGAGAUUAGUAAGGUCAAAGUUUGAGGUCAAUGUUACAGUUUACUGCAAGACUCUCCUGUGACACAUAACUCCGCAACUGUAAGUCACUUUUCAACCAAACUUGGAUGGAAGAUGUAAUUAGAGGGUCUGCAUGUUAUGCUGCAGUCUGAGGUCACGUGGUAAGGUCAAGGGUCAUUUUUAGGUCAACGUCAAAGUUUACGUGCAAGACUCUCUUAUGACACAUACAUGUACCUCCGCAACCGUAAGUCACUUUUCACCAAAACUUGGAUGUUGAUGGGCUUGGUGGAAACACUGGAAAGAGAGAGAGCAUCAUCGAUCUGGCUUUGUGGAGUGGCUGUCAGGCCCAUAUUUUUGGAGUACUUCAAACAAUUUCAAACAAUGAAAUAUGGAUUUUCAUGAUUAAUAUGCAUAUCUCACUAAAUAGAAAUCAUGAAAGUCCACAGGGCGAGCAGCAAUAUUCUUAGUAUAUUGACUUAUGAACAGUUUUAAGCCCCAUUCCACUUGUACAGGAUUGUGUAUGUCAUUAGCAGGCAAUGCUAGCACCUUGAACCCCCCCCCUGUCACAAGCCUGCAUGUCCAUGAAGGAACAGUUUUCCACUGAAAUGAGCACUCAAAGUGGGAUAUUAUCCCGGGGGGGCCACUUACAUUGACGAGUGGAUACCAUG